CAUGCUGAUUUAAUCUGAAACAGCACUAAGCUUCAACACACAAUUGGGGACCUGGGCCUGGAGCAAAGCCUCCUAAUUUGCUUUUAGGUAACAUCCGUCAGAAUGCCUCAGGACUUUGAGAAGGUAAAACUUGCCUACCCAUGAUCCUCAAAAAAGUUACCCGGUCCACGCCCCACCUUCCAUCAGCUUUGGCCACCUCCAUUCUAUGCCUCUCAGAGGACCCAGUUCAGAGGACCUCCUAAGGCUCACUUUGAGAAAUUCAGACCCGAGGCGUUGAAGCUUCUGGCAGCCAAGACCUCCCAGUUGCUCAGGAGCCUGGGAACCCCAACCCCCGGAGGAGCCAGCCCAUCAACCUGAACCACUAUGCCACCAAGAAGAGCAUGGCAGAGAGCAUGCUGGACGUGGCCCUCUUCAUGUCCAACACCACGCGGCUGAAAGCGGUGCUGGAGCAGGGACCGGCCUCCCACUACUACACCACCCUCGUCACCCUCAUCAGCGUUUCUCUGCUCCUGCAGGUGGCCAUUGGAAUCCUCCUCGUGGUCAUUGCACGUUGGAACCUCAAUGAGGUAGGAAAGCAGGGCCAGGUUAACCAGCUCAACAACACCGCCACCAGCCUGGUCGCCAUCACGGUCGUCAUCAAUGUCUUCAUUACAGCCUUCGGGGUACACAAGACAGGCUCCCUGGCUGCCAGGACCUCAAGGAAUCCUCUCUGAACACAGCCUUGGGACCCAGGUCCUAGGUCUGGAACAGCUUCCGCCUCUCCUACCCACUCUGCUAGGCUGAGGGGCCCUUUCCAUAGCCCCUGGGAGAGCUUGAGAAGGGCAAUGGAGGUGCCCUUCCUCCCCACCAAGAGCAUCUGAAUAAAGAUGUGCUCUUUCACUGGUCUGAGUGAAUCCCAUCUUGGGCUGGAGUCCUGAGCUCAGAAUGGGGUACUGCCGACCUUUCUUUCUGGUAGUAUCUCCUGCACCUGAGGCGUGUCUACCUAAGGCCAAGCCCGCCCGGCUUCAGGACUUCUUACUCCACCUCAUUCCUUUCCUCCAUCCUAUCCAUUCCCUCUGCUCCAGGCCAAGUUCUCCCCUUUUGUAAAAUGGAAUGAUCUCUAUCUAUAAAGUUUUCUGUAAAUGCA